UUAAUUCUGUGUCUCUGUCUCUUGUAAUUUUGUAACUGUUUCGUCUAUUUCCGAUGUGCAAUAUUUCAAUCAUCACCUGAAAAUAUAAUUCGUAUAUCUUAAUAAAGUUUAUACCUGUAGGACAACGAAGGAUUGAGCGCUUGACCCAUUACCCCAGCACAUUACGUUCCCAAUUAUUAGAAGCCGCAACCCUCCCUCAUUGAGACUAUUUCGAAGCAAGUGAAUUAUCCACACCACACCAUCAGUGAUAAGACCUAAUCAGGGAUGUUUAUUUCUAAUGAAACCAAUUAUUCGGUGCCUUAAAAGCCUGACCUCUGUGCUGCAAGGAAUCACAACAGUACCAGUCCGCUAUGUGCACAGUGCUUUUACUUGUGGUCCUGCUCUGUACUUCCUUCCGGCCGGAGCCCGUCGCAGGCGUCCACAACAUGAGUUUAGUGAAGUCCGUUCUGGCCGUCAUCUCCAGCCGAGAGCAUUGGAAACAUACGCCAAUCUUCUUGGGACACAGGACAAAGGGGGAUGAUAUCAACAGUCUGAUAAUUUGGCUACAUCGAACCAUGGAAGUGACAAGCCACAUGGUGGAUACAUCCAUUGCGGCGCACAAGCAUAAGCCACUCGGCCAAUACAACAUGAACGCGGACAAUGCCGUCGCUCUCUUCUUCUGUCACACCACCCAGGAACUCAUUUGGUACCAUCUCAACAGGAGUCUUCGAAGGAUGCGCCCUGUUCGAUUGAUUGUCGCCUUGCCCAAUGAACGAAGUGGGUCCUACAAAGCACUGAAGGCUCUUUUCCAGAAACUCUGGCUCUACCAGUUUCUCAAUGUUCUGGUCUUGCACAACAACCAAAUAUACUCGUAUACUCCUUAUCCGGCUGUGCGCUUCUACAAAGUGAAUAUCUACUCGUACCCGCUGUUUCCACCGGCUACUAGGGACUUCCAGGGCUAUGUUGUGUCCACUCCCGCGGAGAACGAUGUACCGCGUGUGUUUCUUAUCCGUGACCAGCGGACAGGGCAGCGACUGAUACGCGGCUACGGCUAUCGGACCUUUGUUGAGUUCCUGCACCGCCACAAUGCCACACUGCAGGUGACAAAUCCGAAUCAGGAUCUCGGCCCCACAAGCAAUGUCAACAUGAGCCGAAUAAUACAGCUGAUAAUGGACGGGCAUUUGGAGAUCUCCUUGCAUCCGUAUGUGGAUGUGCCAGAGGAUAUGGGCGACUACAGCUAUCCCCUGGUCGUCGCAAGGAAUUGCCUGAUUGUGCCCGUAAGGAACGAGAUUCCGCGUCACAUGUACCUCCUGCUGCCCCUCAACCGCUGGAGUUGGCUGCUUCUUCUCGGUGGAGUGUUCUACAUAAGCGGCGUACUUUACUUUAUUAAUCCCGGACACGAGCAUAGCAGCUGGCAUGAACGCGUUGGCUUGAACUUUCUGGACGGUCUCAGCCGGAUACUUUUCAUCUGUUCUCCCACACGCGUACACCGCCCGUCUCUUCGCUAUUUUAUAGUCUCAUUGCAGCUGACGGUCUUGGGAUUUGUUCUGACCAGCUAUUACAACAUUCAGUUGGACAGCUUCCUGACGGCCUUGGUCGUGGGCAAGCAAGUGGAGAGCAUGGAGGACCUGAUCGACCAGCAACAGCAGGUUUUGGUGAAACACUACGAAGUCAGCACUUUUCUUCGCCACGUAGAGCCCCAUCUAAUCAAUGGACUGUCCCGCCUGCUGGUGGGCGUGAAUGCCAGUGAACAGGUCUCGGCCCUGCUCGGCUUCAAUCGCAGCUACGCGUAUCCCUUCACCCUGGAGCGCUGGGAGUUCUUCUCGUUGCAACAGCAGUACGCCUUCAAGCCGAUCUUUCGCUUCUCCUCGGCUUGCCUGGGAUCGCCCAUCAUUGGCUACCCAAUGCGCAGCGACUGCCACCUGAAGGCAUCUCUCAGCAUGUUCAUUAUGAGAAUUCAGGCCACAGGGCUACUGCAGCACUGGUUUGUCUCCGACUUCAACGAUGCUAUGCGCGCUGGCUAUGUGCGCCUGCUGGACAAUGUCCUGGGUUUCCAAGCCCUCGAUGUGGACACCUUGCAGCUUGGCUGGUUUGUUCUCGGCGGCGGUUGGCUACUGUCCGUAUUGGUUUUCGCAUUUGAACACUUGAGGCUGAACACAGGCCACAAAACAUAG